CGGGGAAACUCUUUUUUUUAUAGCUUGUGCUUCCCCUUCUUUUCGCUGUGGCCAUGUCUGCAGAAAUUGGCGUGAACCAUGCUGGAGAUUCUUAUAAUUUCCAUUACGCAGCCGGUGAUGCCGGCGGCCACCAACGGUCUGAAAGCGGACACGGAGGUUCAGUUUCAGGAAGUUACAGUUACAUCGAUCCCAAUGGCCAUCUAAGAAGUGUCAGUUACACUGCGGGUCCUGAUGGUUUCAAGCCCUCUGGUGAUAUCGGAGUUGACAAGAAAACUGCUGAUGAUGCUGCUGCUCUUGCUGCCCUAGCACCCAAAGCCCCAGUUGCUCCUGCUGCAGUCGCUCCAAUCCAUCACUGGAAUUAUGCUCCAUACUACCAUCAUGGAGCAGCCUGGGCCCACCAUGCUGUGCCCAACUAUGCACACUGGGGAGCCUUCUGGUAAAUGAAUAUCAAUAGUUAUAAAAAAUUUGCUCAUCCUUGGGCUUAGACUUGUUCCCAAAUUGUUCUCAAUAUCCGUUCAGAAAUGCUCUGGAACGCACAAUAGAUUUCCAAACCUUUUUAAAAUAUCGCUUAUGGGUCCAAACAAAUGGUGUUCAGGAACUGGUGUUGGAAACUCAAGAUUAGGAAAGCAAUAAAAGACUCUUCAUAGGCUCUGCCCCUGCUUGUUAUAAAACUCUGAAUUUUGUUGAAAAUGAAUAAAGAAUUUAUUGUUUGCU